CUACUUUACUCCUAUCGGGCAGUAAACUGAAUAUCUUUGGCCUGUGGACAAAACAUGGCAUCUGAAGGCCUCAUCGUGGGUUUUGGAUAACAUUGAUCAAAUCUUUCAAGCUUUUUUGACAUUUUAUGGACCUAACAACUACAGGUGUAAACAUUCCACAUAAAACUAGCUGCAGCCUUCAACCUCUGCAGCAAAUCAAGACACUAGUGACCAGUGCAGUCUCCAGCUGUCCACCUUGGCCUUUGACUUCAUUCUCAAAGAUGAAGUUGAAAGAGGACAUGAACCCCUUGCUACUGCAGGUCCUGCGCUCUGUGGUCUGGGUCUAUUCUGCUAUUACUUUCCUACCAUGGUACUUUAUCUCUGGAGCAGGAGCUAACUUAGAACGGGCACGCCGAGUCAAGGCUCGCUCGAUUAGCGGAAACCCAGCGGGGCCUUACAGGGUCACCAACAGCCUGGACAAGCUGGUAUCAUGGCUCUACCCUGGGGUGGACACCCUGGACAAAAUGUUUGAAUAUGCUUCUCGAAAGUUUCCAGAGAGACCAUGUCUGGGCAUGAGGGAGGUGCUCAGUGAAGAAGAUGAGCUGCAGCCUAAUGGCAAAGUCUUCAAGAAGGUCAUUUUGGGGGACUAUAAUUGGCUGUCAUAUGAGGAGACUUAUCAGGCAGCAAAGUGUUUUGGCAGUGGUCUGGUAGCUUUAGGCCAGAAGCCUCAGCAGAACAUUGCCAUCUUCUGUGAAACCAGGGCAGAGUGGCUCAUGGCUGCACAGGCCUGCUUCAUGUACAACUUCCGCCUUGUGACCCUUUACGCCACUCUUGGACCAACAGCCAUCGCCCAUGGCUUGAACGAGACAGAGGUUACACACAUCAUCACAAGCAAAGACCUGCUUCAGACACGCCUCAAGGCCAUACUGUAUGAUGUGCCAAGGCUGCAGUUUAUCAUUGUAGUCGACAGUAAACCAACAAAGUUGCCAGAUAUGCCCAGGGGUGUUGUGGUCCAUAAUAUGGAUACUGUGAUGGAGAUGGGAUCCAGGCCUGAGAACAUCGCAGUAGAAAUAAAGCAGCCAGUAGCAUCUGACAUCGCCGUCAUUAUGUACACCAGUGGCUCCACAGGCAUCCCCAAGGGUGUCAUGAUCUCUCAUAGCAACAUCAUUGCUGGCGUCACUGGCAUGGCUGAGCGAAUCCCGAACCUCAAUGAAACGGACACCUAUAUCGGGUACCUGCCCUUGGCACAUGUUUUAGAACUCAGUGCUGAAUUGGUGUGUAUCUCACAUGGCUGUCGGAUUGGUUACUCCUCCCCUCACACGCUAGCGGACCAGUCAACAAAGAUAAAGAAAGGCAGUAAAGGUGAUGCCACUGUACUCAAGCCUACUCUCAUGGCUUCAGUACCAGAGAUCAUGGAUAGAAUCUAUAAGAAUGUAAUGACUAAAGUGGAGGAGAUGAGCAAAUUCCAGAAGACGCUCUUCGUGUUGGCUUACAAUUACAAGUUGGAGCAGGUGUCCAAGGGUUACAGCACACCACUGUGUGACAGGUUUGUGUUCAAGCGGGUGCGUGCACUGUUGGGAGAGAACAUACGGCUGCUGCUUUCUGGUGGCGCACCCCUCUCCCCGGCCACUCAGCGGUUCAUGAACAUCUGUAUGUGCUGCCCCGUGGGUCAGGGAUACGGUUUAACAGAGACCUGCGGAGCCGGCACGAUCAGUGAGGCUUGGGAUUACAGCACAGGACGAGUUGGUGCGCCGCUUGUUUGUUCAGAGUUCACACUGAAGGACUGGGAAGAGGGGGGUUAUUACAGUACAGACAAGCCCAACCCACGAGGAGAAAUUCUGAUUGGUGGGCCCAAUGUAACAAUGGGUUACUACAACAACGAACAAAAGAACUGCGAGGACUUUUUUGUGGAUGAGACUGGUCAGCGGUGGUUCUGCACUGGCGAUAUCGGAGAGUUCCAUCCUGAUGGAUGCCUCAAGAUCGUCGAUCGAAAGAAAGAUAUGGUAAAACUGCAGGCAGGAGAGUUUGUGUCUCUUGGAAAAGUGGAGGCUGUAUUGAAAAACUGCCCACUGGUCGACAACAUCUGUGCCUACGCCAACAGUGAUUACUCGUAUGUGAUCAGCUUUGUGGUGCCAAACCACAAGCAGCUAGUGGCACUAGCAGAGCAGAAUCAGGUGACGGGCACAUGGGAGGAGAUUUGCAACAGCCCUCAGUUGGAAAAGGAGGUUCUUCACAUCAUCACAGAGGUCGCUGUCACAGGAAAACUGGAACGAUUUGAGAUCCCCAAGAAAAUCCGCCUGAGUGCAGAGCCUUGGACACCAGAGACCGGCUUGGUUACCGACGCGUUCAAACUGAAACGCAAGGAGCUGAAAACGCACUACCAAGAAGAUAUCGAGAGGAUGUAUGGUGGAAAAUGAGAUUUGGACACGCUUCAGAAGACACACGUAUUUACACACAUGCACACGAAGCGCGGAGGCCAUGACCAAAACUACUGACAAAGUGAGUCAUAUACUUUAGAUAUAAGAAACCCACAGUAAUAGACACAAAAUAACCAACCCAAGCAGCUCCUCCUCAGCUUCCCGCUGACCGGCUUCCAUCAAAGCAGGGCCAAAGUCUUGAAUCCAGCUUAAAGCACUCCCUUUCUGUCAAUUCCAGAAGGCAGAAGAGCCCCUAAAGAUAAGUGAACCUGCCAGACACACUUGGUGUAAUGCAUUCACUGUUAGUCUUUGAUGGCUUUAGCCCUUUGUGUUGGCAUGACAACCAAGGUGGUACAUAAAGUUGGAUGUCUGCACAACUUGAAGUGAAACAAAUGUUAGCUUAGUGUACCUGUAUUUAUGUCAGAGCACCCUUACUGUUGCUUUUUUGCUUUUUCCCCUCUCCUCCACUGAUGUUUGGGGAGUGUGGUGGCAUGAUACCCAGAACGACAUGAAAGAGGGCUCCCUCUUGGGUUUUAUGUAACAUUCGGGUUGGAAUCUGUGCAGGGAAUGCUAUGUUUUAGAUUUAUUUUAUUUGUCAUUGUUUCCUUCAUGUAUUUCUUUUUCAAGUAUACAGCGAAUCCAGAAAUGAUCAAGUUGUAACUACCAUAUGUGUCUCUUAAUUUGAGUGCAUAACCUGAAGUGUAGCCCUAGGUGUGUGCAGAUUGACUCGUUUGCCCAUAUGAAUGUGAAGCAGCCCAAUAAGCAUGCUCAACUCAUCAGAACACCGCGUGCCGUGCUUGCAAAGCCUUCGAUGCUACUCAAGGGGGUAUUGACCUCUCAAGGUUGAUGGGUGUCCACAUCAUUCACCUCAGUGACUCGCAGGCCAUCUACUUUGGAUUCUUAGGCUAAUGAAGUCAUGUGAAUGGCAGCAAAACUUCAAUUCAGAGUCUGAGAAACACUGAAAAGAAAGAAAAUAAGCAAAAUGGUUUCACAAGACUUUCGCUGAUCUAUUAUCUGUUCACUGCAUCUUCAACUUCACCUGUGCAAUGAUGUAUCCCAGCUUAAAUCUCACAUAAAUGUUUCUGUCCACAAAAGUACCAUUAAAGUUAGGUUGGUACUCUUUGGUGUCCCCAAUUGGUGUCUAAAUAUGGCAUUUUCAGCAGCACACUUUAAAAUCAUGUUUGUGUCAACAACAAUUUGGUUUUCCUUCCACCUGGAGGAGUUCAAGCCAGUCUGCAUUAUCCUUUGCUCAUUGACUUUGUGUCUGUAAUUUUACUGUCCAUGUCACCUUCAUAAAUUUUUAGUUACAGUGUGUUUUAGUAUUUGUGAAGUCGGGGUCCUGGCAACACAUCACUUGGUAAAAUUCAGGGUUUGGAAAUACAGCAGGGUAGAUUACCGGAUUUCUUUGUUUGUGGCAGAUGGUGCUAUAUUUUGUCCAGGAACAUUUAUCUUGAGCUAACCAAGUUCCGUGUCUGUGGUUUGUGAGGUUUUCCUCUUUAAAUAUUGCUUGAAGGUGAGAGAAAUAGAUUUGAAUGUACACACGGUCUUGCGGUUUUAAAAGACUAGUGGAUCACAGACGGUGUUUGUGGUCACAUGGGGAUAGGCAUUUCAGAAUAAGCUAGCUGAUUGUAAAGCAGCGCCAGCUGCAGAAGAAUCACAGAUGGUAAUUUCCAAGUCUGCUACAAGUCCGUGUCAAUUCCAGUGUAGAGAUCAGACUCACUCGAGCAAAUGCAUAAAUUAAUUUAUAUAAAAUGGAAAUUUUUGAAAGUCAGAUUUUUUUUCUCCAAAAUAUUUGUUUCCUUUUUAUCUGAAUAUUUUCAGGUAAAUGUGAUUAUUCUACCGAUUGAAGAACAUCAAUAUAGACUUAAAGUACUUUUUAUUGAGAUGAUUUAAAAAAAAAAAAAAUUUUAUAUACACGUUUUAAAAUUACAAAUAGC